AUGGCUAUUCUCGGAAUGAGAACUCCAACCUUCGUACAACGUCACGUGAAUAUCACAUGCCUCGCUAGCCUAACCUCAUCUCCUUUCAUCUCACCCUCCCAAACUUAUUUACAUAUCUACUUUCUACACCUUAUCCCCCAUCCUCUUACAAGCUCAUCCCUCUUCUACACAGACCAUAACCAUCAACUCGCCCCAUCACCACCCCUUCCCAACCCCAGCUCAACCCACCCCUUACCGAUCCCAUACCCCCUGCCCACAACCCCAGCCCCCUCUCGCCUUCCCCUGCAGGGCUGCUAUCGGCUCCUCAUGCCGGCCCUCUCACGCCCCAUCGCUCCCAGCUGCCCCCCGUCGCAACACAGUCCGUGGAGUGAUCGUCGCAUCCACCCCAUCCCGCAUGGCGUAAAAGGCAUCCCACAAAAGUCCGCUCAGCGAAACUCCACAGUUGCUAGCGUAUCCCAGCCCAGCCAGCCAGCCAUCAUGCGCGCGAGAGAGCUGCGGGUUGGUGUUGGGGUGUGAAACUGCGGGCCGGGCGGGCCCUCCAGUCAGUAUGUAUUGUUAUGUAUGCGGCGUCGAUCAGUCACAGAGAAGAUUGGUGAUACCACGCCGCAAUCCAGCAAUCCAGCGCCCAG